CAUGCAAGAUGGCCACGCAUCACAGGCAAAAUGCUGCUGGGCGGAGGAAAGUACAGGUGUCCUAUGUCAUUAGAGAUGAGGUGGAGAAAUACAACCGAAACGGGGUGAAUGCGCUCCAGCUGGACCCCGCGCUGAACCGGCUCUUCACGGCUGGGAGGGACUCUAUUAUCCGGAUAUGGAGCGUCUACCAGCACAAACAGGACCCAUACAUUGCCUCAAUGGAGCAUCACACAGACUGGGUCAAUGACAUAGUUCUCUGCUGCAAUGGAAAAACUUUGAUAUCUGCAUCAUCAGAUACAACAGUCAAAGUAUGGAACGCACACAAAGGCUUCUGCAUGUCGACGUUACGAACACACAAGGACUACGUGAAAGCUCUGGCCUACGCUAAAGACAAGGAGCUUGUGGCUUCAGCAGGUCUGGACCGGCAGAUCUUCCUUUGGGAUGUGAACACACUAACAGCACUCACUGCUUCCAACAACACUGUCACCACCUCGUCACUCAGCGGGAACAAAGACUCAAUCUAUAGUCUGGCAAUGAACCAGAUGGGAACAGUCAUUGUAUCUGGAUCCACAGAAAAGGUUCUGAGAGUGUGGGAUCCUCGAACAUGUGCGAAACUGAUGAAGCUAAAAGGUCACACAGACAAUGUCAAGUCAUUGCUGCUGAAUCGGGAUGGCACUCAGUGUCUGUCAGGCAGCUCAGACGGGACCAUCCGCCUAUGGUCACUCGGCCAGCAGAGGUGUAUCGCCACCUACAGGGUUCACGAUGAAGGGGUUUGGGCCCUGCAGGUCAACGAGGCCUUUACACACGUCUAUUCAGGAGGCAGAGACAAAAAAAUCUACUGCACUGACCUGCGUAACCCCGACAUCCGUGUGCUCAUCUGUGAGGAGAAAGCCCCGGUGCUCAAAAUGGAACUGGACAGAUCUGCUGACCCACCUCCAGCAAUCUGGGUCUCUACCACCAAGUCAUCCGUUAAUAAAUGGUCUCUAAAGGGAAUGCACAACUUCAGAUCAUCAGGGGAGUACGACAACGAUUGCACUACCCCUCUGACACCAUUGUGUACUCAGCCAGAGCAAGUCAUUAAGGGAGGUGCCAGUAUCAUACAGUGCCACAUUCUGAAUGACAAAAGACACAUACUCACCAAAGAUACCAACAAUAAUGUGGCUUUUUGGGACGUCUUAAAGGCUUGUAAAGGGGAAGACUUGGGUAAAGUGGAGUUUGAUGAAGAGAUUAAAAAGCGAUUCAAGAUGGUCUAUGUGCCAAACUGGUUCUCUGUAGAUCUGAAAACAGGGAUGCUAACAAUCACAUUGGAUGAGAGUGACUGCUUUGCUGCCUGGGUGUCUGCAAAGGAUGCUGGGUUUUCAAGCUCUGAUGGAUCUGACCCAAAGUUGAACCUGGGUGGACUGCUCCUUCAGGCUCUGUUGGAGUUCUGGCCCAGAACUCGUAUCAACCCAAUGGAUGAGGAAGAGAAUGAGGUGAACCACGUGAAUGGAGAGCAGGAGAACAGGGUCCAGAAAGGAAAUGGAUAUUUCCAAGUGCCACCACACACGCCGGUCAUCUUUGGUGAAGCAGGAGGCAGAACUCUAUUCAGGUUGCUAUGUAGAGAUUCGGGAGGAGAGACCGAGUCCAUGCUGCUGAAUGAGACAGUUCCACAGUGGGUUAUUGAUAUAACUGUAGAUAAAAAUAUGCCCAAGUUCAACAAAAUCCCAUUCUACCUCCAGCCCCACUCUUCCUCUGGUGCAAAAACUCUAAAGAAGGACCGUCUGUCAGCCAGUGACAUGCUCCAGGUGAGGAAGGUGAUGGAGCACGUUUAUGAGAAGAUCAUCAACCUGGACAACGAGUCGCAGACGACCAGCUCCUCGGCCAACGAUAAACCCGGGGAGCAGGAGAAGGAGGAGGACAUGGCCAUGCUAGCUGAGGAGAAGAUUGAGCUAAUGUGUCAAGACCAGGUUCUGGAUCCCAACAUGGACCUGCGAACAGUUAAACAUUUUAUCUGGAAGAGUGGAGGGGACUUGACGCUUCACUAUAGGCAGAAGUCCACGUGAAAGUCCGAAUUUUUAACACAAGAACUCUUCGUCAUUUGCCAAUCACCACCCACCUCUGACAUGUAGUCCCCUAAACCCCAUUGUGUGGUCAAGAGUCGCAGCAUCGGUGAAAAACGAGUAAAGUAUGUGAGGACAAGGCUCACGGUGUAUCAUAGGGAACUGACCAGGACGAGCUGGAGCAACAGAGGGACACCAAGGAGGCUAAACGGUCCCAAGUGUUUGAUUUUUCUCUUCUUCUUCUUUUUUUUUUUUUUUUUUUUUACAGUUUGAAAAUGGACUCAGUUUUCUCCAGUGAUCACCUCUUUUGUUUUUCUUUUACUGCUGUUUUUUUUCUGAUAGGCAUUUAUUGUAACAGAAGUUUCAGUACGUGUUUGUGUCUGAGCGCGUGCGUACAUGCACAUGGGUGUAGUAGACUGUUUGUUUGUUCUAGUACAUUCCAGAAACUGCCCUACAAACACUCCACAGCCGUCUCUGCAGCGUCACACAUUUUAGGACUCACUCUGUCUCUGGGUAGCAUCACGGUCCUUCUGUUCUGUCUUCAUCCUAACUUUAACCUCGGCUUAGACUUCUAAUGACUGCAGAGCUUGAACCUCACUGACAGAAGCACUCGUCUUUGUCUUUUCUUUUAGCUGUGCUGUUCUAAAUGGACUGAAUGUUCUUUUUUUUGUAAAUAUAUGUAAAACAUUUUUGAUUUAAGUGACUUUUUUUGUUUUGCAGGAGUUUUAUUGUGUUGUUGUACAGUUUACUUAAAAAAAAACAACAGUUAUUUUUCCAAAUCCCUAGAGCACAUUCAUGGUCAUGAAGGUAACCUGACUUGGAUGUUAAAAAAUUGCAUUUGUUGUAUUCACUACAACCCAGAAACUGCAGUUUUACUCUUUAAGAAUGUUAGUAGUCGUCCAAGUCAUUUUAGCAAAGGGGAAAUAAUAUAUAAGAUAUGUAUCUUUAACAGUAACUCACGCUUCCUCGCUCUGAGCAGUGGCUUCGAUGACAGUGAGGGCUGUUCCUAAUGUAUAUUUCAUUUAGAUUCAAUAGGACUUCAAUGAAUCAUGACUAUAACUUGAAGGGGAAUCUCAUCAAACAGAUUAUAGGAAUAUUAAAUCACUGUGGGCAAAUUCACCAAAGUGAAAUAAACGGUAAUAAUUACCAUUUCUCUGUCGGUGUGACACCAAGCAGAACCACAGAUUGUUUCCUUGUAAAUUUUCUGCUGUUAAUUUUUGCCAUGAUGAGUGUGUGUUAACGCCAUAAUGGGGACGCAGCGAGUGAGCUCUAAUUGGCCAAAAACAAACAUGAUGGGUACCAGAAUCGGGCCAUAACACUGCAAUAUCCCUUGUUGUAAUAAUUUGUGAAAUAUGUAUAUUUUAGGCAAUGGAAGAAAUAAAUUGGAAUGGUUUAACAAUGACAGAUUUAUGGGGAUUAUACGUGGAUGUUUGUUGAGUUGUUGUGUGUUCAGCUGGUGAGUGUGAAAAAAAAAAACAAGGGACAAUUUCCUUUUUGUUUUUUCAAGUCGUGAUAUGAUUGUUUAAUCAUCAGAUUCACCCGGUUCACAUUCAUCAAGAGACUCUGCACUCAUUCCUAAUAAAACAUACAAUUACUUGAUAAAAUAUCUGCAAAAAUACUUUUUCAUUAUUUUACACUCUAGCACCUACUUUGACUAUGAAAAACAUGAAGAAGCCCUCUAAAAAAACAAUUACUCAACAGCAGCAUCACUGAUCUCAGUCAUCUAUACAAGAUUGAUCAUCUACUCUGUUAAAGCAUUAUCUGUAUGACAAAGGCAGCACUCGCCUACUGUUGCAUAGAUCACAGUUAUUACAUGGAAUAGUUUUCAGUGAGUUUUGGGGACAUAAUUCCAGCAAGACAAGCAUUAAAACAUUUUUUUCAAACAUGCAUGGCUUAAAAACUCAAAUGAACACAGUGUUCGUACCAAAUUGACCUCGUAAAAUUGUGGGUAAAAUCUUAACUAAAAAACUUCUCCCUCAUAAAACAAAAAAGAAACAAAACCUGAGGGGUGUACUACGAAGCAAGUUGACAUAGCCAGGCUUUCUUUGAGCUAAUUAUCAACUCUUGUUAACUUCCUGCUCUCAGCUGUGUACGUUAUGACUGCAGGCUUUAAUGCUCAGCUCUGAUUUUUUUUUCUCAUUUUGAUUUUUUUUUUGUUUAGCUGUUAAGAUUAAAUUUUUUUGUUUUUGUUUUUUUUAAUUGGCCUGUAUGCAGACUGCUGUGUAAGCAGGUCAUGGUCCUGAUUAGCUGAACUGUACUGACAGCUGGGUUUGUCUCCCAAAUUACUGCCCAUUUCCUAAAAGAGGCACAUGAUCUGAUCAUGACUGCUAUCUUUAAAGCUAAGUCUUUAAACUUAGCUUUAAAGAUUUUCAUGGUAUUUUGGCACUGUGGCCACAUCCUUCUGCGACCAUGUUCAGCCAUUUCUUUCAAGAUUCUUUCAAAAACAGCUCAGUUAGAAUAUACCUUCAAGGAUUGCAUGGUCUAUUAAAAAAAAAAAAAAAAAAAAAAAAAAAAA